AUGGAGGACAAGGACAACAAUUCUAGUGAGACCGGCGUUCCAUUAAUAAGUUUAUUUGUCUUUGGUGAACAAAUUGUUUUGGGCUACAUUCAGAAUUCUGAUGGCGAUUCAGACGAUGAUUCUGUUUUUCCUCAUCUUACAAACGGUUAUGCAAAUCCCGUAAAAAUUAGAGUAUCUUCGAUCGAUCUUAGUGAUGACGAAGAUACAAAAAGCAACGAAGAAGAUGAUGAUGAGAGGAUGAGAGAGGUUACUAAUUCGGCGAUACGGAGAGCGUUCAGAGAAUAUAAGAGUCGUCGGAAUGCUCCGUUGACGGCCAAGAUGACAACGAGAGUGAUGGAGAGUUGGGGUCCAAGAAUUAUAUACUGGACCAAAGCUCCAAACUCUGAAGAUUGA